GCCCCGAGUGCGGGUUCCGGAACGGGAGCGUGACCUGGAGCGGAGGGUGAGAUGGUAAUGAUCGUGGGUUUGGAAGUUGCUUUCUAAGAAACUUCGGCAAAUUUCUGCAGUGCAUCGUGUAGAUGGUACAGUCUGCUGCUACUGAAUGUCAGUGGUGAAAGGAGUGGAUAUUUGUGGAUGCAGUGCCAGUCAAGCGGGGGCUGCUUUUUCCUGGAUGGUAUCAAACUUCUUGAGUGCUGUCACAGCUGCACCCAUCCAGAAUUACCUUUUACUCAGAGACCUGAUGUCUGAUAGAAAGGAGAACCCAGGAUGGAACGACUUGGGCAGAGUUUCUCAACCAUUUCUUCAAUCAAUGCAUCACAGUUUCAGGGCCAGUCUGGGCUGCCAGCACAAUGCCAGCCACUUGACAAAAAGAAAGCAAUCUCUGAUGUCCGCAGGACUUUCUGCCUCUUUGUAACUUUUGACCUGCUGUUUGUUUCGCUCUUGUGGAUAAUUGAGCUGAAUACAAAUAGUGGCAUUAAAGAGAACCUAGAAGAUGAAAUUUUAAAUUAUGACUUCAGAACUUCUUUCUUUGACAUAUUUUCACUGGCUGUGUUUCGUUUCCUGGUAUUGCUGCUUGCCUAUGCCCUUCUCAGACUCCAUCACUGGUGGGUGAUCGCGGUCACUACUUUAAUCACCAGUGGCUUUUUAAUUGUAAAAGUCAUUCUUUCAAUUCAGUUCCAGACAACAGGUGCAUUUGGUUAUGUUCUACCAAUUGUUUCCUUUGUUCUCGUUUGGCUGGAGACCUGGUUUCUUGAUUUUAAAGUAUUGAUUCAAGAGGCACAGGAUGAACGAUUGUACCAGACAUCUCAUGCAGCAUUUGUGCACUCACCCCUACUGUAUCCCAGAGGUGUAUCUGAGGGACAGUUCUACUCUCCUCCAGAGUCCUUUGCAGGCUCUGAAGAUGAGUUUGAAUGUGAAGGUACCGAAAGGAGAGCAGUAACACCACAGGAGAAGGAAUAUGUGCGUCAGGGUCGAGAGGCAAUGCAAGUGAUGGAACAGAUACUGGGACAGGAGGCAUGCUGGAAGUUUGAGAAAACAAAUGAGUACAAUGAUGUUGUUUACACAUUUGAAAUCCCAUAUCAUGGCAGGAGCUUCAUUCUAAAGACACUCCUGCAAUGCCCUCCUGAGCUGAUAUAUCAAGAGGUUAUUCUUCAACCUGAGAAACUAGUCAUGUGGAACAAAACAGUUACUGUUUGCCAGGUUCUCCAACGAAUUGAUGAUAACACUAUAAUCACCUAUGAUGUUUCGGCAGGAGCUGCAGGAGGAGUCGUUUCUCCCAGGGACUUUGUGAACGUGCGUCGUAUUGAGAGGAAGAAAGAGAUGUAUAUUUCUUCUGGUAUGUCAACCACUCAUGACUCCAGACCUCCACAGAACAAGUAUGUCAGAGGCGAGAAUGGGCCUGGAGGGUUUGUGGUACUGAAAUGUCCUCAGAACCCCAGAGCCUGCACCUUUCUUUGGAUACUAAAUACAGAUUUGAAGGGCCGGCUGCCCCAAUACCUGAUCCAGCAGAGUCUCGCAGCCACCAUGUUCGAGUUCAUUGCACACCUGAGGCAGCGAAUCAGUGAGAUAAGGGAAGCAGCACAUUACUGACUGCAGCAUAAAGCGUCACAUCAUAGAAAACACCAUGUCACAAGUGAGCUAUCACAAACCAGGAUCAACUUACAGACUGUCGCAGCAUCUAAUCACCUCUGUACUAAUCUCUGAAAGAUUGUUUUAAAAGUUACUCUUCAUAUGGCUUCCCUGAUUGAAGUAUCACACGAAGACCCAAAGGAAUUGAGAUACAAUAAUGAAUGUUUUUAUUUUUUGUAUUAUGCCAUUUUUUGUAUUAUGUUGUUUAAUUCUCACAGUGUACAAUCCGCCUGCUAUGAAAGUUUUACAUUUUGAAACGAAUAUUACUGUUUGAUGACAGCUUUGUGGUUCUCUGAUACAGUACAGGUCGCUGAGUGCUGUGAGGCCGAAAAUAUUUGCUGCAUUCACGAGGUGCUAUUAGUUGAUGCAGGUGGAGGUGAGCUGCUGCAUUGCUGUUUCUCAUCAGCUUGUGCCGUGGUUCCUUUUGUGACAGGGAUUGUUUAUUCUCAUUUCUCGGAAUUAGAUAAAUGAAAAUUGUUUUUAAUAGUAGAUAACAGCCUCUGCUGUAGCUCAAUGGGCCAUUGCAACAUCCAGCCUAGAUAUGAGCUCCAGAGGCCAGGAACAUCGUGCCAUCCUGCCGAUCCCAUGUUCUACUCUGGGCCUUAGUUGGAGAAACAGCUGGAAUUAAUUAUUGAUGACUCUCUAUCAAAUAAGUGGUUUACAGCUGAAGGAUCAAAUAUGAGGCCCUCUGGGUGUAAUAUCCUGGUGCCAUACACUGGAGUGAGGGACUGGAGGGAGGUUAUCAUGAAUGGCAUCUGUAUGUGACAAUCGUCUCUGCCUUCAGGAAGGAUGAGAUAUCGUAUGAUCAACUAUUACUCUACAUUACCUGGAAAAGCACUGUCAGCAAUCAUGGCUGCAUGUAAAAAUGUAAUUGUUGCACUGUGCAGAUGAGGGACUGUCUAAUAGACAUGUGGUUGUUUUCUCAUGAUUAACCCUGUUAAUUCCUCAUCCAGCCUCUACUUGAUUGCCAGAUCCCAAAUUCUCGACAUACUCCAAUUUCAUCCCAAGGUUCCUGCACUGACCUGAUUAAGGAUAAAACAUCCUUUCCCAUGGCUGGACUGUAUACUAAAAGCUAAAAAAAAUGGUAAAUUAGAAUAAAACCAUAAAAUUGACUUUUUUUUUAAUUAGAGGUAAAUGCUGUGCCAUCCUUCUGCCUGAAAACUGUAUGGAAAGCCUGAUAGUGGGGAAAAAAAAUACUUUUCUGUUGUCCAAAGUCAUCUUAACAGAGCUGUAAUCUAACCUUACUCAACCCCAUCACAAAAUCAGAAGGCCACCCUGUCCAUUGUGCCGAUACUGGCUCUUUAAAGGGGUUACCAAAUUAAAAUCCACCAUACUGCUUCUUGCAUAUAACCCUGCAAUUACUUCCUCUUAAUGUAUUUUUCCAGCUCCUUUUUGAAAGUUAAUAUUGAACCUGCUUCCACUGCCUUUGCAGGAAGUGUAUUCAGGAUCUCAACAACCCUGUGUAGAGACCGUUAUUAUGUUGCCUGUGUUUUUUGCUAAAUAUCUUAAAUCUCAUCCUUUUUGGUAUUGAUUUCUUUGCAGUGUGUUUUUGAACACCUUUAUGAAAUCGUCCCUUAAUUUUCUUUAAGGACCCUUCAGGUAACUGAAGACUGUCAUUUCUCGUACCUUUCUAGUGAAUCUUUUCUGCAUCUUCUUUAUGAUCUCGACAGUUUUCUAACGUAGAUCCAGAAUUGGACAUUGAUUAAUGUCUCAUAGUGGUGUAGCGUAAUUUCUAUGCUUUCAUAUUCUAUGCCUCACUUUUGAAAAGCUAAAAAUGCGAAGAGCCUUUUCAAUAGGCAUUUCAAUUUAUCAUAGCACUUCAGGAAUAAGUCUGUACUUACACUCCCAGGUCUUUCUGUUUCUGCAUCACCUUUGAAAUUGUUGCACUGAGUUUAUAUUGAUAUCUUCCUAUCAAAAAUGCAUGCAUUCCAUUUCCACCUAUUUGCCCAUUACUCCAGUCCAGCUGGCCCUCUUGAACUCUGACACUAUUUUCACUGCAUUUUUCAAUUUUGUGUCAUGUGCAAGCUUUGAAUUUAUUUCAGUUUUCUCAAUAUCAAUGGUUUCUUCACCCUGACCUACCAUAUUUUAUACAGUUAACAUUCCAGCACCAGCAAACAGGGAAUUCCACAAAGUACAGGAGCUUAGUUUGUCUCCACAUUACUUCUGGAUUAACUGAAGAUUAACAUUAGAGAUGGAUAGAGCUCUUAAAGAUAGUGGAAUCAAGGGUUAUGGGGAUAAGGCAGGAACAGGAUACUGAUUGUGGAUGAUCAGCCAUGAUCACAAUGAAUGGUGGUGCUGGCUCGAAGGGCCGAAUGGCCUACUCCUGCACCUAUUAUCUAUUAGAACUGGAACAAGUGGUUUUACAAAAGGUCUGUGGAAAGUGCAAAAUGCACAACCAAAGUCCUAGUCAAUACUGAAGAACAAUGCAGCAAGUAGCUGAAGGAAAAAGAAAUAAAACCAGAUGUUUAUCAAUGUUAGAAAUCUGAAGUAGAAAUAAAAACAUGCAGCAGAAAUUAGGCCAUUUGACCCAUCGAGUCUACUCUACCAUUCGAUCAUAGCUGAUAAGCUCCUCAACCUCAUUCUCCUGCUUUCUCCCCAUAACCCUUGAACCCUGCGUUAAUUAAGAACCUAUCUAUCUCAGUCUUAAGUGUACUCAAUGAGGCCAGGCAGCAUCUUUUAAAAGAGAGAAAGAAUUAAUAUUUCAGAUCUUUAAUUAGGACUGGAGAAUAAAGGCGGGUAUGAAUAUUGAAGGGGGAUGCUUCUCGUGUUUUGGAUAAAUGUCCGCGUGGCCUCAGCCCAGCUUUAUUCCAAUGGAUGUUUCUGACUAAAGUAACAGCCAUUUGCUUCCAUGAAUAUUGGCUCCGGGUAAGAUAUUAUUCUGUGAAAGAAUGAACAUCAUCACAGCACAGGAGAAAGAGCAAAUCUAACCCUUCUUCUGAUCCAGCUACUUCCGACCAGCAACUUUUGCUGUCAGGAAAUAAUUGUGAAGGAUCGCAGAGAAUUUGAUCAGGUCCUCCUUUGACAAAGAUAAUAAAAUGUGAGGCUGGAUGAACACAGCAGGCCCAGCAGCAUCUCAGGAGCACAAAAGCUGACGUUUUGGGCCUAGACCCUUAAUCAGAGAGGGGGAUGGGGUGAAGGUUCUGGAAUAAAUAGGGAGAGAGGGGGAGGCAGACCGAAGAUGGAGAGAAAAGAAGAUAGGUGGAGAGGAGAGUAUAGGUUGGGAGGGAGGUAGGGAGGGGAUAGGUCAGUCCAGGGAAGACGGACAGGUCAAGGAGGUGGGAUGAGGUUAGUAGGUAGGAAAUGGAGGUGCAGCUUGGGGUGGGAGGAAGGGAUGGGUGAGAGGAAGAACAGGUUAGGGAGGCAGAGACAGGUUGGACUGGUUUUGGGAUGCAGUGGGUGGAGGGGAAGAGCUGGGCUGGUUGUGUGGUGCAGUGGGGGUAGGGGACGAACUGUGCUGGUUUUGGGAUGCGUUGGGGGAAGGGGAGAUUUUGAAGCUGGUGAAGUCCACAUUGAUACCAUUGGGCUGCAGGGUUCCCAAGCGGAAUAUGAGUUGCUGUUCCUGCAACCUUCGGGUGGCAUCAUUGUGGCACUUGACAUUGAAUGCUCAAAUUCCAAAGUUAAAAUGAGUAACCUUGAAAUAUAGAAUACACGCAGGACAGUAUUCCAGUAUUCAGUUCAUUGGGUGUUAACAUCACUGGCUAGUCCAACAUUCGUUGCCCAGAGAGCAGUUCUGAGAAAGCCACAUUGCACUGGGCCUGGAGUCUCAUGUUGGCCAGGAAAAAAACUGCAUGAUGUUUUAAAUAUUUAGCAGUUCAAGUGGUACCUAUGAAGAGAGAAACAGAGUUAAUGUUUCAAACCUUUAGAAAAAUGGAUGGUGGUAGGGUGGAGUUGGCAGGGGCUUGGGGAGAGGAACAUGUGAGGGGUAUGCUUUCCAUGUGAUGGAUAAAUAAAUGACCUGGUUCUAGCCAUAGUUUCUAAGUAAAAUAAGGAUGGUACAUUUCCUUUCUAAAGGGUCAUUAAUAAACCAGAUGAGUUUUACUACAAUUGCCAAACGUUGUCAUUAGACCAGCUUUCAAUUCCAGAUUUGUACUGAAUUCAAAUUUCACCAUGAUGGGAUUUGAACCCAUGUUCCUGGAACAUUAGUCUGGGUGUCUGCACUACUUGUCCGAAGACACUACCACUAUGAACCAUCUCCCCCUUUGGUGGUGCUAAAGUGGGAGAGAAGAGUUAAAAAUAGCUAGCUGAGUGUAGAUGAUAUAACAGAAACAUGACAUCAGUCUCUACUGCUGUUGUCUCCUGCUCUGAUUCAAAUAGUGACUAUGGCAGGGCUACUCAGUUGAUGCAUAACUCGAAGCUGGUUUGCACCUACUACUGCCUCACAUUACCCAGAUAAUUGAAUGGUUUGUUAAUCUGAGUUUUGGCGGCACUGAGCCCCUUGUUCACCUAUCCCUCUAUCUGCCAGUUACUGCUGGGUGACUUGCUAUCUGGGCCUAUCUUCUUCCUCUUUUUGACCUUCCAGUUCCAGUCAUCUGUUGUUUAAAGCUACUUGUUAAAACUUCAUGUUGCAAACAACAGACUGGUCUUUUUUCUGGAGAUGCAUGUCUUUACAUAAAUAAUAAACAUGAGCUUUUAAAUCAAGACUUGGCAAAACAGAUUCAAGCACUAACACUCACUUACUGCUGCAAUCAAAAGGCAAAUCAUUUAAAAAUCACGACAAAUUGUGGUUAGAAUCAUGAGAUUCUCUGAAAAUGCUUCCAUUUCAAUAGCCUGACUUUUAAAUAACACCCCACUGACGGACAGAACAGAGUCCACAUUGUUGGGACUGGGGGUGCAGUUGCCACAGUUUAAAAAACAAUUGUAUUCUCAGCAGUAGUAUCGAGCUCCCAAAGUAGUCCGUAGUGGGCACUUGUCUUUAUUCUGAUCACCUGGGCGACAGCUGGAUGUCAUUGGCCUUAUUAUUAGUAUUCCGCUGAUACAGAAAGUAUUUAAGGAUUUACCUAUGGCAAAGUGCUCAGGAAACAGGAGAACACUGCCAAGAUUCAUUGUGAAGAAAGAAAGGGAGAAUUGAGGCUGAUAAAGUAAUUGGCAAAUAAUUGAGUGGGUCGCAACCACAAGUUAUUUGUAAAUAAGGGUGUGGUAGAAUCAUUAAACUGUGGAAGUGCUGGUUAAAGUUAGUGAUAAAAUUAAAUUGUUGGGCUGCAGAUUUCCCAAUUCUGGAGCAAGACUAAAAAGGAAGGAUGUUUAAAAUGAGUUGUGCAGAACCAAAAUCAGAGCUAAUUAUUCAGAGCAACAAGGGGAAACGAUUUAGCCCCUUAAACUUCUUCUGCCAUUCGAUCAGAUCAUGGCUGAUCUGCAACCUAACUCUGUAUAUCUACCCUUACCCCUCUGUUUGUGUUGUUUCUUAAAGGAAUGUAACAUUGCUGGCCAGUCCAAUAUUUAUUGCCCGUCCCUGGUUUCCCUAGAGAUUUUAGCGGUGAGCUACUUUCUUGAACCACUGCAAUUGUUGAGUGUAAGAGCACCCGUAAUGCUGUUAGGAAGGGAGAUCCAGGAUUUUGACCCAGUGACACUGAAGGAAUGGCAAAUUAGUUCAAAGUCAGGAUGGUGAGUGGCUUGGAGGGGAAAUGGUGGAAGUGUACCCAUGUAUCUGCUGUUCUUGUUCUUUCAAGUGGUAGAGAUGAAGGGUUUUGGAAGGUGCUGACUAAGGAACCUUGGUACACAGUACACAUUGCCCCAUUGUGAAAUGGUGCUGAAGUGAGUGAAUGUUGGUGAUGGAUAUGGUACCAGUCCAGUGGACUGCUUUGUCCUGGAUAGUGUUGGGCUUCUUGAAUGUUGUUGGAGCCGAAAGCAAUUGGGAUGUAUUCCAUCUCACUCCUGACUUGUGCCUUGUAGAUUGUGGACAGGCUUUGGGGAGACAGAAAGGAAGUCAGUUGCUGCGGAAUUCCUAACUUGUGACCGGACAUUGUAGCUACUCAGAUUAUGAGGUUGUUGCAGUUCAGUUUCUAGUCGAUGUUAAGACCAGGUUGUUGUGAGAGUUGAUGUUCUUCAAUCAGUUUGGAUGACAAGAUCUACCAAUUUAAUUAUGAAAGUUAACACAAUGUAAAUUUUUAAUUGCAGUCUGCAGAACAUAUUCACAGGGAGUGGUAGACAUUUGGAACUAAGUGUUUUGCAUUGUAGAUUCCCGACCAGCGUAAAUAUUGUUUAUCAACACUAUCUUUUCCCUUAGCUAUUUGUAAAGUUUGCUUACAUCACCCCUUAACCUUUUAAAUUAAAAGAGUACCAGUUUUUGUAACUUCCACUCAUAAUGCAAUGCUUGUAGUUCAGAUAUUAUUCUGGCGUAUCUACAAUUUAUUCUUUCCAAAGCUGCAGGGAACAUGGGUAGAUUUGUAACUGCUGUGUAUGGUGGCCUAGCAAUUGUUUUGAACUAUCCAACAAUCCAAGACAAAAGAAAUAAACUGUGACAGCAUUAUGCACAUCCAGUGGUAAAGGGCAAAUAUUGAGCCAGUACGCAGAAGCAGUGCCCAGCUUUCAGAAAUCACAACUAUACUGACUGCCAAUCUCAAAUACAGAUAGUUUGUUCCUGAUUAUUUUUCUUUUGAUUUUUGUCCAGUAAUGUUUUUGUAAUAUUCAAGCGUUCUGUCAGUAUUAUUCACUGCAGUUUUGAAGUCAGAAGUCACACAACACCAGGUUAUAGACCAAAAGGUUUAUUUAUAUAAAUUAUAAAUUCCUGCUUUCGGAAUAAAACCAGCCUGAUUCCAGGUUAAAACUCUAAGACAGAUUCUGAACAAGGCCUCACACCUACAAUUCAGUGUCUGACCUGAGAUGUCACCUUUUGUGUAUUCCUGUGGCUCUGCUUGAUUGUCAUGACAGCACAUCACUGACAGUGACUUUCUUAACACUUUACUCACCACCUAACACUCUUGGUCACCCACAGAGACUUAUGAUAUGACACUCCACUCAGACCAGUUGUAUGAUCUUUUGAUCUCUCCGCCUGUAAACUGUGUUCUCUCUCACUGCAACUCCAGAAGCAUGUGUGAUUUCAAAUAAACCUGCUGGCCUUUAA